AUGUACCUCGAGCUCGCCGAGCAGAAGGCGGAGAAGGAGCGGAACGAACGUCGGAGAAUGGGUACCGAGCCGAAGGAGCCCCGAGUCGUACCUGGUGUCUACAAUGCCCGUGGUGAGAUUCGCCAAUGCAACGAGGGCAAGUACAACUUCGACUUGGACGACUGGACACAUCCGGACAAGAUCGUCUUCGAGCUGGCUGUCCCCAAGUACCUGGACACGUCAGCGUUGGAUGUGGACAUCAACCCCUCGUAUAUUCGAGUUGUUGUCAAAGACAAGGUCACCCAGUUGAAGCUUUCUGCAGAGGUGAGACCUGACGCUUCGAAGGUGCAGCGCUCGCGGACAACAGGCGUGCUCCAUAUCGACAUGCCCCUCCUACAGCCCCAUCAGGUGAAGAACCCAAAAGCUCCGGCGCAACCCGAGCUCGAACCGCUAAAGCCGGCGACG